UUCCUUGCGGUUAAAUUUUCUUUUCUUGGGAGUCCACGUCAGGUCUCCCCAUCUCCUCUCUCUCUCUCUCUCUCUCGCCGGCAAUUGUUAGUGUCCUCCGUUUCCUGUUACAAAUUCCCCCAGAAAAGAAAAAGGAAAAUACCCAUCGUCGUCGGAGAUUUUCAUAAAUCUGCCAGGAAAUCCUCUUUAACCUCCUCACGCUCAUGCCCCUCUGCCUGCAACUGUAGAUGUAACUAGUUAUAUUUGAAUUGGAGUAUAUAUAUAUAGAGAGAGAGAUAGAUGAAGAGGGGCCGGAGCGUAGAGGGCGUUCGAAGGGGGAAGCUGUACCAUUUGAUCCUCGCCGGCGCCGCCCUCUAUCUGAUCUUCAUAUCAUUAAAGUUCCGCAGAUUCAUCGAGAUCUCCACUUCCCUCACCAUCUCCGAUGACGACCCCGAGCCGACCUUCACCGGCCUCCACAGCUCCCCGGAUCCCCAAAACCCUAAUCCCGUUCUUUCUUUUAAGAUCAAGCCUCUUCAGUAUCGCUACGGCCGCAUCCUCGGAGGGGCCGCCGCCGCCGCCGGCAAUCUCACAGAGUUAGAGAGAAUGGCUGAUGAGGCGUGGACCCUUGGAACCAGGGCUUGGGAUGAGGUGGAGGAUUUACAAGACCCAGUUACGACCACUGGUGAUGUCGAUCUGAAUCUGAACCAGAAUACAUCCGUCAUCCAGCCCAGCUCCGAAGCUUGCCCCACUUCCGUUUCCAUGAGCGGCAAGGAUGCAGCAGCGGCUGGGGGCGGCGGG